AUGGCUCACAACACCAGCAACACGAUGCUCGCGGGCGUGUACUGCACCGACAACAUCCACCUCGUCGUCGGGACGAACCCGCUCGCGGCGGCGCGCUGCACGACGUCCCUCGCCGCCGGCGCACGCCCCGUUCUCGUGGCCCCGGCCGGCGCGGACCUACACUACAACCUGCAGACCAAGAUCGAGCAGGGCCUGAUACGCUGGCACCAGAAGGCGUUUGAGGACGAGCACCUGUUCACGCUGGGCAGGGACGAGGUCGGGCGCACCGUCGACGCCGUCUUCGUCACGUCGGCGCCGAGGGAGGCGCUGGCGGCGCGCAUAUCGUCCGUGUGCCGGCGCAACCGCAUCCCCGUCAACGUCGUCGACGCGCCGCACCUGAGCACCUUUGGCCUGCUCCCGCCACACGCCGGCGGCCCGCUGCAGAUCGGCGUCGCCCCCAACGGCCGCGGGUGCAAGCUCGCGUCGCGCGUGAGGCGCGAGAUUGCCUCGUGCCUGCCGCCCGGCCUGGGCGCCGCCUGCGACCGCCUGGGCGAGCUGCGCCGGCGCAUCCAGCACGACGACGCCCUCGCCCCGGGGGACCUCGACGACGCCCUCGACCAGGGCAGCCAGUUCAACCGCCUCGUGGGCGACGACGAGGCGCGCACCCGCCGCAUGCGCUGGCUGGGCCAGCUCCUGCUCGCGUACCCGGGGCACAGCUCAUCGCCGCCACCACCACCACCGGCGCAGCUCGACGCUGCUGCUGCCGCCUCCUCGCCAAGGGGCCGAAUCGUGCUCGCCGGCUCCGGGCCGGGAGACCCCUCGCUGCUCACAACCGCCACCCUCCGCGCCAUCCAGACGGCCGACGUCGUCCUCGCCGACAAGCUCGUCCCCUCGGGCGUGCUGGACCUCAUCCCGCGCCGCACCCCGGUCCAGAUCGCGCGCAAGUUCCCCGGCAACGCGGACCAGGCGCAGGAGGAGCUGCUCGAGACGGCCCUCGCCGCCGUGCGGUCGGGCCAGGCGGGGGUGGGCCCCCAGGGCGACCCCUUCGUGUACGGCCGCGGCGGCGAGGAGGUGGCCUUUUUCCGGGCGCGCGGCCUGGGCGACCGCGUGACGUCCGUUUUCAUCAUCAAAACACCCGGAGUGAAAGGCGGGUUACACUCCUAUUUCGAAAAGUAA